AUGUUACCUGCUAUUCCUUAUGAUCAAUUAAAUCAGUUAGAGCCUAAUGGCAAUACUGCUCUUCAUGCUGCAACAUAUUUUGGUCAUUUAGACAUUGUUCGUCUACUUUUACAUGAAUAUGGUUGUCAACGACAUCUACGUGAUCGUCACGGUUUCACAGCAUAUGAAAAAGCACAAACAGAUGAAAUGCGACAACUCUAUCAUCGAUCAUCAAAUGAAAGUCGAUUUAAUGAUGAUUCGAUGGCUAUCAAACAAAGAUUUGAAAUACUUUCAUCAUCAAUAAAUAAAAUUGUAAUAGGCGACAGUGAUGACGACGAUGGCUUUGCAAAACCUAAUAAGCGGCAUUUUAUCGGUUAUGAAACAAAUGAAGAAGUCAAAAAUCAAUUAGACGAUCUUAAUAGUGUUAAAGCGUUAUUUCAAUCACAAGUCGGACGAUAUAUAAUGGGGCAAGGAAUGAAGCUAAAACUUCGCAAAAAAGCUGUUUAUGGUGAAGAAGAAUAUGCUUAUGUUACAAGUGAACAAUUUCGACAAGAAUCUUUGCGAAAAAUAGUGGAUGAAGAUAUUACUACGAAUCAUCCUGACUAUAAAUAUUGCUGUCAUCUACUCAAUGAAUACAUUCAACAAGGUACCAUUGAAUCUUUAUUGAAACUCUACACAUUGGAAACACCAUUCUAUCGUAAAUUAUUGUUACGGCCAAGUCCAUUAGAAUUUCCACUUUUUAUGCAUUUGUCAGAUUUAAAACAACGUUAUUAUCAAGGAUAUUCUUAUCGUGGUGUUCAAUUGACUCGACAUGAGUUAAGUGAAUAUUGUUGGGCAUUGCAAAAUAGAGACAGUGUUUUAUCAUUGCUUACAUUCGCAUCGACAUCUAUUAAUCGAGAUGCAGCUGAGCAUUUUGCUGAAAAAUCUUCAUCAUCAUCAUCAUCAGAUAAAAUAAGUGUCCUGUUGAUAUUUCAUUUUCCUCAACCAUGUGAUACAGCAAUAAACUUAAGUGAAAUUCCUGAAUAUCAAUUGCCAUGUAUAUCGAAUUAUGAAAAUGAACAAGAAGUAUUAAUUGGUCCACGAACAUUUUUCAAAGUGACAGGCAUUGAAAGCGAUCAACCCAAUGAACGCUAUACGAUUUAUUUGGAUAAUGUGUGCGGAGAACAGCAUACUGUAUUGAAGACACUCAAACUCUUCCUUACAAAUGACGUAAAGAAGAAAACUAGCAAAUGCUUUCUCAUUGAUCAUGUAUUCUGCACUAAGAAUUGA